AUGGCGUUCCCGUUCGACAUUUUGCAUUCGGAAAUUAUCCGAACAGCUUUGGAAGGUGAAAAAGAUAGAUGCGAAGCGAAGGAUCAGUUUGGAACGAUCAUUGAAAACCUGAGUGGUCCAGCUGAUAUCGAUAAAUACGAUGGUCUAGUGCAAAAAGCGUUUCUCCAUGCAAAUGCAGAAACAAAGCUUGAAACGAUUGGAUAUCGAGUUGGGAGACAGUUGGUAGAAAAAGUCUCGAAGGAAGCUCCGAAAUUAGUAACAGAACUAGAGGUUGUAAAAUUCAUUUGCAAAGAUUUCUGGUCGUCAGUCUUCGGCAAGCAAGUUGAUAAUCUACGAACAAAUCAUCAGGGCGUCUAUGUAGUUCAAGAUGGUCGCUUUACAACAUUGCGAACUUUCCCAGAAGGAGAUCAGUACGUCAAGGAGAGCGGCUACUUUCUAGCGUUUCCAUGUGGUCUUCUUCGUGGAGCACUUGCUGGACUCAAUAUCAGAGCUGUCGUAACUCCUACAAUUGAAAGUGUGCCAUCUGUCAAAUUCCAUAUUCAGAUUCAAGCGAAAUAG